CUCCAUUUAGUAACUGGUAAAGGACAUAAUUGUUUUGUGUAUCAAGGAGACCAUCUUAAUUAAACUACCGUUGCUAAUUGUUUUUAACUGUUUCGUUAAGUAUACAGUUUCUGUUUUAGCGUCUUUUCUUUGUAAAAAAGGCUAUAUUACGAUUUGUUUGCUCAUUACGUAAAGGAUAUAUUUAAAGGGUAGUAUGGAAUACCCAAUCUGAUCACCUCGGCCUUUAUGCUACGUGUAUUUACCGGAGUAUACGGAAAUGCCCGAUGUUGCACGAUUGCUGGAAUACCAUUAACUAACAUUGGCAAUAAAAGUAAACACAUACGUUUGUGUAGUCAUCUUUCAACGUUUAUUUAGCCAUUAACGCAUCGAUGUCCACCGGUAUUGACCAGGCCGUACAAACUGUAGGACAGGGGUUAGAGUCAGAACCUACAACUGGUCAGACUGAAAAUGGAAACAAUGGAACCAUGUUGGAAGAAUUUGUAGACAUCCAUGUCGCUCAGCAUCGUGUUAAUCGAUCUACAGUCGCCCAGCAAAGCCAAGGGGCGGAACCACCACCUGAAGCUGUGACUGAACAACUGCGCCAAAGAAUCAGAGAGCUUGAGGCGGUUGUUCAAUCGCAAAAUGAAGACUUAAUACGUAAUCAAAUUGACAAGAGAAACUACGAAGCUACUCUCGAAAGGCUAGCAAGAGUCAAGACUGAAAAAGAAGUGAUAGAAGAAAACAGGGAAAAGUUGCUCACAGAGAAGUUGUUCUUCCAACAGCAAGCUGAAGGAUACAUCAAAGACAUUGAUGGGUAUAGGGAAAGGCUAGAAGACUGUAACAGGCAACUUUUGAGUGCACGUAAUGAUACGGAUGAAAAGAUUAAAGGAUUAGAAAAAGCAGCGUGUUUUUGGAAAGAAAAGUAUGAAAAUGAAAAAGGAUCGAUGACGGAAAAUCGUGCCCAGUACUCCGGGUCCUUGCAGGCAAUCAGCUGUGAUCAUGGAGGACAGAAACCUGAAGGCAUACGCAGUUUGGAUUCUCCCCGUCAGUCAAAGCGAAGGAGACAUACCUUCCAUCAAUCACCCACUGUUCUCCCAAAAUGUAAAAACUGUUCAACUGUAUUCGACAGAUUGAAGCCUCAUGAAGUACAAUGCAGGUUCCAUCGGUCAGGUCCACAACCUUGGAAGAUUUGGAAGAAACAAUUAUGUGAAGUCAACCAGAAGUUUGAUCACGUGAAUACACAAGGGUACAUGUACUGGCCGUGUUGUGGGCACGUAGGACUGAAAGAGCCACCGGGGUGUUUGAAACUCAAAGGUCACGAUUUGUCUAGCCCUGGCGAAGAGUAAAAAUGGGCUCGCAUGCAAAAUGUGUUUCUGUGAGAAUGACUUCAAACUUAUGCUUGGAAUAUACAUCAUACAUCAUUUGUAUGGUUCAAGUAAUUUUAUAAGAAUUGAACGAGCUGCGCGCGACAAACAUAUUUUGCAUAUACUUUAGAAUUGUUACAGAAACUUACGUUUUUAAUAAGUUCUUGAUAUAUGCAUUUGUGUAGUUCAUUCCUUCUUUAAAGAUACCUUUACGAAAUGAUCUUAAAGAUGUGAAUACAAUAGUUGUGCCUUGCAUUUGCUGCGAACAUACACAUCCGCGGGAAAUAUUCGCGGGUUGUUCAUCACUAGCCGCAACCGCGAUGCAAUUGAUUUGAUGCUAGUUCGCGAGAUAUUCGCGGCAAGAUCAGUGAUCACAGUUGGUUUAUUUCGUAAACUUCUCGCAACACAUCCACUUGAAGUACUUUGAUUUUAUCAGGUAUUUGUGGAUCAAUUUACAUACAACUUUAUCUGUAUGGUCUCAGUAAGGGUACACCCAUUGUUUUGUCCCAUGUUUAGAGUGAACACUGCUAUUUAUUACAGAGAUUUAUUCUUCAGAUGUGCAUUGUUGCUCUAUGCUGGAAAAACUGAUACACAUAGAACAACUGAUACACAUAUCAAUUGUUCUAGCAUAGAAACAAUUGAGGACCCCAUUGGAAAAAAGUCAGAUUUUUAUGGGCUAUCCUGCAUAUAUACAUCUUCCUCAGUACACUUCUUUUUUUCCAUUCCAAGUCUGACUAAAAUGAGCUAGGUUUUAUGUAGGCAUAGGUAUCUAUAAGCUAAAUGGUUAUUGCAGACAGUAAUAAGUUAUGUGCUAGUAAAUGUGCUCAAGAAAUUCUGUGAUAUAUUUUAUUGUGAUAUUUUAUGCGAUGUGUAUGAAAUGUUGUGAUAAAAUAUGAUAUGUACAUGCAAAUAAAUCUAUCCAUCUAUU